AUGCAUGGGAGCUUCGUCCCACGGCGCGGCCGCCACGCCGGCCCAGCCCCCAUCCUCCGCUGCCUUCGUUCACGGUCGCGCGACGCGUCGCGCCGCGGGAGGCGCGCCGAGCGAGAGGCGGCUGGGCGCGCGCCACCUGCCCGUUCGCCGUGGCUGGCGCGCGCGCCGUCGGCGGGUGGCGUCUGGCGGGACGCUCCAGACGCGGCGUCGUGGUGCUGCGUGGUGGUGCUCGUGCUGGUGGUGGGGUCGCUCGCCGGCGGCGCGGGGGAAGAAGAGGAUCAGUGGCGUGGGGGCGAGCCGCCGGUGGUGGUGGUGCGCGGGCCGCGGCUGGCGGCGCGGUGGCCGUGCGAGGAGCUCUACGUGGUGGCGGAGGGGGAGACGCUGCACGGCAUCAGCGCCCGGUGCGGCGACCCCUACAUCCUGGAGCGGAACCCGCACGUCCACGACACCGACGACGUCUUCCCCGGCCUCGUCCUCAGGAUCGCGCCGUUCGCCGGCGGCCACAGGUGA